AGCAGGAGUAUAUUUAUUGAUACAAUAUAAUGUAGUGAUUUAACUGUGAUUAAUCAGAUUUGACCAACCAGAUGGCUGGAUACACCCAAUGAUUUACUGCAUCGCAGGUAGGGUUAAACACACACAUAGAAGAGACUGUCCCAUUGAGUCAUGAGAGUUAGAGUGGACCCCAUUGCUUUCUAAGCCUCUUAAACCACAGAGGUGUGGCUGGAUCUGCUCCUAGUCCCAGACUCGAUCAACAGUUUGUAUCUAAGGAAUCAUAUGUGCACGAAGAUACAAUAUUAGCAAAGCUUACAAAACCUAAAACAAUUAGUCACUUACUGAGGAUCUGUAUCAGCAAGGUGUCUUGACAUCGAGGUGUCGUGGAUCUCUGUGCAGGUGUAACCUCAGAAUGUGUCCAUACUUGAGGGCAGAUCCCAUCGUGCAGCUGUGGCCAUGUAGGAGAGCUCAAGGGGACCGGCUGUUGGGCUGCUCACUAUUUAUGGAGUAAGAUGAUUGACUCAUAGUCAUACUUCUAGGUGCAUGCUCAAAUGGCCCUUAGCUGUUGAACCAGAUGUCUGCUAUCCCUGCUUUCAGCCCUCCAGUUUGAGACAGAUUUGUGGUUGUUAAUCUGUUUCAGAAAGCGUGUUAGCAGUGCUGUCCUUCGUUGUCUUCCUGUGCAAGGUGAAGGAUGCAGCUGGAAAACAAGGAAGGGCAGCGCUGACACGCCAAGCAUCUUUGCUGCCCGUGAGCCUGGUUUUCCCCCAGUACUUUGGGAAGGGCUGAGCAACAGGAGCUGUAACUGUGUGCAUGGAUAACUGUGUGGUGACGGAUUGGCAGGAGAUAGCAGUCCUUUAGGGCAAAUGUCCUCAAAGGGGCAUGAGCUCAGAUGAAGGAGUUUGUGGGCAGAGAAGUACAGAGGGAUGCUUGAUUUAACUGAGAGAUCCAUCUGGCUUUGCAUCCUUCUGCUGUGCUGCUUGUUCCACUGCUUUUAUCUUACUGCAGGGCGACAAUUCCAUCCCAACCCUGCCCGCUGUCAGCAGGCGGUACUGCCCCAGCUCUCCUGCUUGUCCCGCGGCUUGAUGCGCUGCCUGAAGGUGGAUCUUCAUUCCUUUCUUGCGAGAAAACUUGCAUGAAAGCGAUGGGUCCACGUUAGGAAGCGGAAACGGAGGGCGUGAGCAGACGCUGGGAACGAGCCAGGUAAGCACAGGGCUUCCCGUCCUCGCUUUCCGGACGCACGAGGGGAAGAUCCCGCACCGCCGCCCGCGCUCGGAGGAGCUGGACGGAGAACCAGCGGCACGAAGGGGCCGUGCCGCGCCCCGCCUCUCUCGCCCUCCGCAGCCGGGCGCGCUCCGGAGGCGCUGCAGCUCUCCCCGCCUCUCUGGGCCCCACCCCGCUGCCUGCCCGGCCGGCGGGGGGCGGGACGGAGGCGUCCCCCGGGCCGCCCUCUAAAACCCCUUUUCGCCGGAGGUAGCGGUUCCUCCGGGUCGGGAUGGAGGCGGCGGUGGCGCGGGGCUCGCUGGGCAAAGCCUUGUCCGGCACCCACCGCGAGGAUGUGCCCGGCUGUAAGGCCGUCAGCGAGGUGCGGGUGCUGGUCAUCAAUACGGGCGGCACCAUCGGCAUGGUGCAGGACGACAAGGGACUUGCUCCUGAGGCCAAUAAGUUGGUAAGCAGCUUGAAGACGAUGCCAAUGCUGCAUGAUGAUGCAUAUGCCCAGGAAACAAAACUGCGCAACCUCCAUGAAUUUCCAGAUGACACACUGGUGCUCCCUGUCUCUAAGCAAAACAAAAGAAUUUUCUACACAAUCCUGGAGCUGUCACCACUACUUGAUUCUUCAAACAUGACACCGGAGGACUGGGCCAAAAUUGCAAAGAAACUUGAGGAGCACUAUGAAAAGUAUGAUGGCUUUGUGAUCCUCCACGGCACUGACACAAUGGCAUACACAGCUUCAGCCUUAUCCUUCAUGUGUGAGAACCUGGGUAAAACUGUUGUUCUGACAGGAUCGCAGGUGCCCAUAUAUGAGUUGCGGAAUGACGGCCGAACCAACCUUCUGGGGGCACUGCUUUUUGCUGGGCAGUUCGUGAUUCCCGAGGUGUGCCUGUAUUUUUAUAAUAAACUGUACAGGGGAAAUAGGGUGACUAAGGUGGAUGCUGGGAGUUUCAAUGCCUUUUCCUCACCUAACCUGCCUCCACUUGCAAAUGCUGAGGUUGAUAUUACAAUAAACUGGGAAACAGUAUGGAGAGCCAAUACCAAAAAGAAAUUUCGAGUUCAUACCAAUAUGAACAGGAAUGUUGGGCUUCUGCGAAUAUUUCCAGGGAUAACUGCUGCUGCUGUGAAAGCAUUUCUCCAGCCUCCAAUCGAAGGCAUUGUACUUGAAACUUAUGGAAGUGGCAAUGCCCCAAACAACAGAGAAGACUUGCUAGAAGAACUUAAGAGAGCAACUGAACGAAAAGUACUGAUUCUAAACUGUACCCAAUGCUUGCAAGGCUCUGUUAAAACAGUCUAUGCAACAGGGCAGACUCUCGCUGAUGUUGGAGUAAUUCCUGGAAGUGAUAUGACACCAGAGGCAGCCUUAACUAAACUGUCAUACGCGCUCAGCAAGAGUGAGCUUAGCUGGGAGGAGAAGAGACAGAUGCUGAGUGAGAAUCUAAGAGGAGAAAUGACUGUUGUACCCACAGGAGCCAAGAUCUCUCUCAGAGAUAGCAAGUUUAUUCAAGUGAUUGCCAGAUCUCUAAGUAUCAGCUGCAAGGAGGAGUUAGAAGCUGUAAGAGAUGCAUUAAUUCCACCUUUGGCUUGUGCUGCAGCUAAACUGGGUGACAAAGAUGCACUGAAAGCCAUAGCAGAAAUGGGUGGAAACCUAAGCUGUGAAGACUAUGAUGGCCGAACUCCACUUCAUAUUGCAGCCUCUGAAGGGCAUUUACCACUAGUUGAGUAUUUGUUAACAUCUGGUGCAACUGUUUACGCUAGAGACAGAUACGGAUCUACCCCACUGAUGAAUGCGAUCAAGUUCAGGCACAUACAGGUGAUCAAUUUAUUACGAGAAACAGGAGCACAUCUUUCAAGCCAUGACUUGGAGAACACUGGAACAAUACUUUGCAGUCUUGCAGCUAAAGGUGAUGUGGAUGGGCUGUACGCCUGGUACCUGGCUGGUGCAGACCUGGAGCAAACUGGUUAUGAUGGCAGGAACGCCCUACAAGUAGCAAAGGCUACAGGGCAUAAGGAGGUUCUUGACUUCCUCAGGCAGAAGCAACAAAAGAAGGCUGCAGAAGAUGGUCACUCCUCUCAGAAAUACCAGCUCUGAAGUAUUAGUGGUGUUCAGUGAUUAUGGGGAGAAGAAAGGAAAGAAACAACAGAAGCUGCACAUGGAGCAUGCAGGAAAACUAAAAAAAUGACUUAGAAAUAUUCUUUACUUAGGAACACAUUCAGCUUCCACUGAUUUUCUAAAAACAAUAUGCUGCUUUAUGUUUUAAUCACUUUUUUUUUAAGGAAAGUUUUGUGAACAAGUGAGGCUGGAAUGUAUUGUCCUUACUGCACAAGCUCUGUUUUUAAGGAGACCUUUUGAAUCUUCUUUUAUUUAAUCACCGAAGACAGUAUUGCAGGCAUGGCAAAAGGAAAUGCCGUGGUGAACUCGUUCCAAGAGAAAACAGUGGAUUGUACAUUUCUGUGUUUCAACUAAUAAAAUCUCUGUGGAACAAUGUUGAUUUCACUUUGUCUGAUUUUUGCAAUGGCUUGUAUCACUUCAGCUGCAAUUACAGCAAUUGUGAGUGUCAGUGCAAACAAUUGAAUCAGCCGUGGGCAUCUGCCUGCAGUUGUGUACUAAUCUUCACCAGUGUGUCACUGUAAAGCCUCACUUGAAAUGAGUAGGAUGCAGAUGCCAUAAAGCAUGUUUGUGGGACUGUCUGAGUGAACUAGUUGUUUUGUUUCUAAUAGCAUCUCUACCACAUCCUGACCGGAAUAUAAUCAAGAUUGCUACAUGCUGGACACUGAAUUCUUUGGACUGGAAAUGCGAUCUUGGUGUUAAUAAACCCUAUGUUUAAAGUCACAACACCUUCAGUCUAAAGGAAA